AUGACUGCCAUCAUUGUCUAUUAUAUUUGCCAUGAUGUUGCAUCAUUAUUCAUCACCCAAACCGUAUGUUUUUCAGCUCGGGGAGGAGCAUCGCUAUAUGUCCCGCAACCCAACAUAAACGCAACUGUGGCCCAAAACAUCCUCCUUUCAGUUGAGUAUUUUUACAAAGGCGUUGCCACCAUUGAAUGGAAGCAUGUGUCUAGUUGGGGCACCACAAAAAUUGUUGAGUGGAGAACUGGGAUUUAUACCAACAUAUCCAAAAGUUACAUGGACAGAGUGACUGUUUAUGACAAUGGCUCAAUACAGCUUCUGAAUGUGGGUGUGAGAGAUGCCGGUUACUACUUUGUCACUGUAACAGAAGAGUUGGGAACCAACAUUUAUGGCACCAUCAUAUUAAAUGUUUAUGAGAUUAUCUAUGAAGAUUUACAUUUUGUAGCUGUCUUCUUUGCGUUUCUUACUGCUGUGUCUGCCAUUUUAGUCUGCUUCAUGUGGCUUUGUAAUAAGUCGGUGCAUCUAUACCAGAAGCAGAGGCGCAAGCUAGAAGAAAGAACUGAAGAAAUUGAACUGGAAGCCAUUGAGUUUUAGCCAGGACUUGUUUUAUAACAAAAACAAAACAAUUCUACCUCAAGUGAAAACAGUGGCAGAAGAAGGGAAGAAAAAUCCCAAAAGGUAAAGUUUGUGCAUGUUCCCGCCAGCUACAGCAGCUUCCUGACUUGCAAAUAAAGGUGGUUGCUAAAUGGAGAUGAAAUAAGAGCUGCACAUCUGGAGCAUCUUGGAGCUGCAAAGGUCUCACUUCCAGAGUUGGCACUGGGUAAGCUCCAAGCAGACAGAAUGAUUUAGCUGUUUAGCAUGAAGACUACUGUACUCUGGGCCCAUGUAAUAAAACCUACUGCCUUUAGCACCUUUGUUUUUAAAGUGCCCACAAUACCUCAGCUACAUUGUAUUGGGGAACAUUAAAAGGCCAUGAUUAAGGUCUUUAAAGCUAUUUACAUUUUGCUAAUGAGCAUUUCAGCUAAAGCAAGCAUCACUCAUUACAAAAAGCAACAGAAGAGAUCUGCAUUCUUGGCCAUGCUAAUUAUACAUUAAUUUAUUAUAGCAUUAAUUUAAUAACAGGUUUCAAGGAACAAAGUACAGUGCUGCAUAUUAUGCUCCUGACCCUCAGGCAAAAGAGUUUGUUGGAUCCUCUGAAGACAAAUUGUAAUCCAAUGUCAGCAAAAGUGGCUGAGACAUCGAGUGCCAUCAUUCGGUGUCUUUAUGGUUGUUCACAUUGUUCCAAGAAGCUAAACACAGACCGUAUAUUCUUAUGGAAGGGUGGUAAGCAAGGAACAAUGCAGAAGUAGAGGACGGAAACAAUUAUUGGUAGAUAAAAUACCAGGUUGCUGGUGAGGUGGAAAAAAUUACUUGGUGCUUAAAAGCACUGAGCCCUAUGCAUUUCUGAGACAGACCAUGGAAUGAUUGAGUCUGCCUCAGAAGAAAGAGUUAAUUACUUUUAAAGUGAAGAUAACGGCUUUGAAAUAAUUUUCAGCAAGAGAAAACACAUUCACUACUUGCAUUCCUUCACAUAUUUCCCCCCCCCUUCCUCCCUCCCCUCCUGUCUCUACCCUUUGUCUUCCAAAUUUCCAUGCAUUUGCAUUUCACAGACUUCUCCUUUACCAUAGUUUCUUUUCCACCUUGGAGAAUGCAGAACAGCAACAGUCUCCCAAUGCUUAAGGAAGGGUGUUUGUGCCCAGAAAUUUGCAAAGAACUUUUUUCCAACUAUUUAGUUGGUCUAAUAAAAAGAUAUCAUAUAUUAUUUAACCAAAGAACUGUGUCUGCCUUCACUUCUGUAUGUUGUAAGAAAAUGCUAGGAGAGCUAACUGUAGGGCUGUGCGGAAUGGCACUGUUCCGUUUCGCCUUGUGUUUCGACGGAAUAGUGUUUCAUCUCGAAUUUAAUUUCAAGUUGAAACAGCUGUUCCAUUCCAUUCUGUCGAAACAGAAAGGCUGUUUUGACACUGUUUCAAAUUUUGCUGGGGAUGGGGUCAGACCAGCUGGGCUGACUUCCCAUUCUCAGUGUUACACUGUGCCCGGGGUGGAGGCAGCCCAGUUGGGCUGCUUCCCUG